AUGGGUUGUUGCAAGGGCUCCAAAUCCGACACUCCUCCCUCUCCAAUUCUGUCACCAAGACCGAGUCGGGCUGCUACUACUGGCAAUGCAGCAGCAGUAAAUGCACCAAUCUGCCACCUACCAUCGACCUUCUCCCUCUUCAAUCCACCACCACCAAUGGGAACAGCAGCCACUUCCCAUGGCCCGCCUCCCCACCUCCCUCGUCAACUUGAGUCUCGCGGUAGACGGCUCUCCGAGGUCUCAGCCAUGAGCAUACCAAUGGCUACCAAUUCCGCCGCAUCGUCUGUCUCUGCGCUCUCCACCACCUCCAGCCACCCCACCUCAACCACCUCAACCACCACAGCCACCAAUAUUCGGGCUCAAGGCCCUGAAACCCCUUCUCGACUCGCUGGCCCAAGCCCCAGCUUCAUGGCAACAUAUGAAGCCACCCAACGCCUCGAAGAGGCUCAGCAAGCCAAUGCGUUUAACCAAGGUUAUCUUGGUGGUAUGGAGAUUGUGGGGACCAUGACUCCGCAGUCGAGUGGUGGGAAUGAUGUCGGUGGGGUUAGACGUGGGAACGGGCAGAAUAGACGUAGGGAGAAUAGGCGGGCGAUUUAUGGGGUUGGGGAGAUCAAUAUGAGAGAGAAAUGA